UUCAAGGACGCUUUGAUUUUCUUAUUUUUUGGGAAUUGGUUUGAGGUAUCACUGAUCACUCUUUAGUAUGCAAAUAUUUGUGAAAACGUUGACUGGAAAAACCAUAACAUUGGAAGUUGAACCUUCUGAUACAAUCGAAAAUGUGAAAUCCAAGAUUCAAGAUAAAGAAGGUAUUCCUCCAGAUCAACAGAGACUUAUUUUUGCCGGAAAGCAGUUGGAAGACGGAAGAACGCUUUCUGAUUAUAAUAUCCAGAAAGAGUCUACUUUACAUUUGGUUUUGAGGUUAAGAGGAGGUAUUAUAGAGCCAACCUUGGCAGCUUUGGCGAGGAAGUAUAACUGUGAUAAAAUGAUAUGUCGCAAAUGUUAUGCGAGAUUACCGGCAAGAGCUCACAACUGCCGCAAGAAGAAGUGCGGUCAUACCAACGAACUUCGUGUGAAGAAGAAGUUGAAAUAAAGGAUUUCUUUUUUAUCUGCCAAUAUUUUCUUUCUUUGAAGAGAUAAAGUAUGCGGUCAAGAA